UCGUCAAACUUUCGCUAACUUCUCGAAGUUAUGGGAGAGGGGAAGAGAAAAAAAGAAAAAUUUGCUUUCAAAGAAAAAACAAGAAAAAAAAUAUCUUUUCACUCUAUUAUUGCAUAGAAGCCUGAAUGAAAAACACCUGUGCCACUAAACUUGUUUGCGCUUCAUCUCUUAACCGCAAACACGUGUAGUUCUCGCGACGUAUUACGAACCAAGAACGAUGUGUACGUAUCUAAAAGUAGAGAAAGGGAGAAAGAGAGAAAGAGAAAGAGAGAGAGUGAAAGAUAGUAAGAUAGAAAGGACGAAGUUCAAUUUUUCAUUGUGCAAUUUGAUGACAUUGCAUUCAAUCGAUUUAAAAAAAAGAAAUAUGAUCAUUUUCAGAUAUGGAAAAAGCUACGGUCGUUGUGAUAAUAUUAUUACUAGCUAUAGUGACAACCAACGGACUAGAGAUCAAAUAUCUCCGUGGAAUAUCUCUCGAUGAUGCGGAAAAACAAGCGAUGGUUGACAAGGGAACCAAUCGUGCCCUUUGGGACAAUGUUAAUCCGAAUUUGAUUGAACAAAGUUCAUCACGUGAAGAUGAAAACAAAAAAGAUCGUAAAAGCUUCGAUUUGGAACAACCUUCAAACACCGUAAUUGGGGAAACCGAUCUAACGAAAAAGAAUUCAAACAUGGAUAAAUCGAUUCUACAAAGAUCAAAGCGUCCGAGUUUGAAGAUAUCAUUUGGUCUUUCGUCAGAGUGCAACAGAUCAACACGGAAAUGUAAUACUCGGAAAUAUCGUAGGCAAAUCGAGAAAUGGUCGAUUCCACAGCCGUUCUAUGUCGACGAACCGAGAUGGGUCGAAAUCGAGCUCGAUUAUGAAGAGAAUUUACCAUAUUAUUUCAAUAACGAGAAGGACUCGUUUUUCGUGACGCGUGGAAAAAAAAUCUUUAGGCCGAAGAUCGAAGAGCAUGCGUUUUCUAAAGCGAACAAUCGCGAGAAGUUUCUCGAAAAAUCGAACGAAGAGUCCACUGAAGACACCAAGAUCAAGAGAAACGAAUCGAAAAGGAAGGAAGAGAGAAGGAAGGCUGUAGAAUUGGGUAGUCGUCAAUUGGAAGAGUUGAUACGUAAUUUUGAGAAAACAGAGGAACCAUUCGUUCUAACACGAGGAAAGAAACUUUACGUUCAGAAUCGUGAGUAUUCGACCUUAGACGAAAAUUUGAAAAAAGAGACAUUAGAAACAAGAUUACUCGAGAAAAUAAAAAAACGUUCGGUGAUCAAUGGACCUACGUAUUACAUGACUAUGAUUAAUAAAAAUACAAGUUCUUUUCUAAAUGGGAUGAACAACGUGACCUUAUCCAAAGAACAACAACGUUUGCGAACGAAAAAAAAUUCUUGCGGCCAUUUAAUCUGUACCGUUGAUGAUUACAAAAAGAUACAUCGGAUGAAAAACCUCGAAAGGGCUAUUUUGGAUUCCGGUUACGUCGAACAAAGGGACAAACAUUCGAACAUUUACGACAUAUUCGAGGAACCAUUCGUCAUUUCCAAAAGCAAAAAGAAAUCAAAGAAUAUAGAUCAACGGAAAUUCAGAAUGGCACCGAUCGAUUAUGAUGAAUCAUUGAAUUCUCUCGACAUUGCUAAACAAAUUUUUCAACGAUUGAUAGAUUCUAGAAUAUGCAAUACAGAACAAUGCAAAGAUAUUACGAAAUUUAUCAUGGAAAAUGAUACGAUUAUGACUGACAAAGAUCGUAGAAAUAUUCUUGACGAAUUACUCAGAAAAUACGAUCCGUUUUACGUCGUUAAUGGUAAGAGAAUCUAUUCGAGUAAUUCAUUAGAAGAAGAUCGGCUUAAAUUCAAAGUGGAUUAACGUAAUGAACUCUCUGCAAAAGGGUGUUUAUCUUACAACAUUAAAAACAUUGAUAAACGGUACACUCGCAAAUGAGAUUCUAGCUCGAAUAUUAAUAUUUGUUUUAUGUCUUCUUAUUAUUUUUUUUUAUUUUUAUAUUUUCUUAUAUUUUUGUUUUUUAUAUCUUUUAUAUAUAUAUUUUUUUAUUUCUUUUUUAUUUUUUUAAAAGAUAUUCAAGCAAUGUGGGCAAAGGCAUACGAUGAUUUCGGUGACAUUUCUGACCAAUGUGUGAACAUUAUAGUAGAAAAGUAUACACGACUGUCACGAAAAGAUUGUAAAAAUAAGAAUAAAUAAGUA